GGAUUGGUUGGGAAGGGACAAAGGUCAAAGUUGAGGUUCCUAUAGGGAGGGAAUCUUUGUGCUUAUGGGGUUUCCUUGGUUGGGGACUCUCUUGGGACCUUCCCUCUCGUCCCUCUCUUUCUAUCCCAACCUUUCUCUUGCUCUUCAAAUUCCUUGUGAGAUUCUUGAACUUUGAUUGAACUCUUGAGAUUGAUGGUGCGGCUGGCAGGGGCGGCGCAUGGCGUGCGGGCUGCCGCAUGGGAGGUGUAUGGGUGCCCCUCUAUGGCCAUGGCCAGCUCAGCACUGCAUCUUCUCUGCUACUCCGAUGCUGCCACGGCUGACGACCUUGCAGCGGCAGCAGUCAAGCUGCUGCGACACACAGCUGCACACCGUGGCGCCUCAGUGGCCCUUCCUCUCCUGCAUCGUCUGCAGCAGCAUCCGCUGCUCUCCUCCUCCCCCACCCUCCGCAUUGCUGAGCUGGAGAUAACUCACGACCUCUGCCUCGCCAC